AUGAAAAACCACACAAUCACAACCUUCAUCCUGGUGGGACUGACCGAUAACCCUCAGCUUCAGAUUCCGAUUUUUAUGUUUCUGUUUCUCACUUACGUGCUGAGUAUAACUGGGAAUCUGACCAUCAUCUCCCUCACUUUAGUGGACUCCCACCUUAAAACACCCAUGUACUAUUUCCUACAAAAUUUUGCCUUGUUAGAAAUUUCAUUUACAACUGCUUGUAUCCCUAGAUAUUUGUACAACAUAACAACAGGCGACAGGUCAAUUACAUACAAUAUUUGUGUUAUUCAAGUGUUUUUUACCGAUGUCUUUGGAGUAACCGAGUUUUUUCUCCUGGCCGCCAUGUCCUAUGACCGCUAUGUGGCCAUCUGCAAACCCCUGCAUUACAUGAGCAUCAUGAACAGCAGAGUCUGCAGGAGGCUUGUCCUCUGCUGUUGGAUCUCUGGCUUGUUGAUCAUACUGCCACCACUGACUCUGUUCCUAGAUUUGAAAUUCUGUGACUCCAAUGUCAUUGAUUAUUUUUUCUGUGAUGCAUCUCCUAUUUUGAAGAUUUCAUGCUCAGAUACUUGGCUAAUAGAGCAGCUGGUUAUUGUCUGUGCUGUGCUGACCUUCAUUCUGACCCUGGUGUGUGUUGUUCUGUCCUAUGUAUACAUUCUCAAGACCAUUCUAAGGUUCCCCUCUGCCCAGCAAAGGAAAAGGGCCUUUUCUACCUGUUCUUCUCACAUGAUCGUGGUUUCCAUCACCUAUGGCAGCUGCAUUUUCAUCUACAUCAAGCCUUCAGCAAAGGAAUCCGUGGCUAUUAAUAAGGCUGUGACAGUGCUCACGACCUCCAUCGCCCCCAUGCUGAACCCUUUCAUCUACACUCUGAGAAACAAACAAGUGAGACGAGCCUUCAGGGACUCAUUCAAAAAACUUGCACUAAUCGCCAAGAAGUAA